UUUCAAGUCGAUUUUCAACUUGCCUUUUACUUAUUGUAAACGCACCAUUAUCAUCACUUUCAGGUUGAGUACACAAUAGACAAAUAUUAUCUUGAGCAAUGCACGUGGUUGUAUUUUUAAUUUAAGUUUUUUAAUAAUUUUCUGAUAAUAAGAUGAAGAAUAUAAAAAGUGGACAUAAGAAGAAACCAGAGAAAUUGAAAAUGAAAAGUGACAAUUCUGAUGGCGGAAUUGAUUGGGAUUUGUCCGAAAAGGAAUCAAUUGCAAAUAAAAGACCCUUGUCUGAGGAUGAAAAUGAUGCAGUUCCUAAAAAGAAGAAUAAAAUAGAUAAGGAUUUAUACAAACCUCCAACGGCGGAUGAACUGAAUCAGCUAAGAGAAACUGAAAAUUUAUACCACUCUAAUUUAUUUCGUCUUCAAAUCGAAGAAAUUCUUAAUGAAGUGAAACUCGCGGAGAAAUAUAAAAAACUUUUUAAUUCUUGGUUUUCUACAUUAAAAGAAUGUAUUAAUUCAAUUAAAGAGACUAAAGAAUAUAAGUUAAAUGAUAAAACUUUAUUGAAGAAACUCGAUGUUAAUAUCCCAAUAUCCAAUUUACCAAAAGAAGAAAAGGGCACUUUUAAAUUUUUAAAACCAACAAGCAUAAAUGUCAUCGGCUCUUAUGCUUUCGAAACCAACAUUAAUACAAAUGCAAUUAUUGAUAUUGCCAUCGAAAUGUCAGCAAACUCAUUUCAAAAAGGAGAUUAUCAAAAUUUUAGGUUCUUGAGGAAGCAAAGGCUGUAUUUAGCUUACAUAGCCUCGAGUAUAAAUGAGAAAAUUGUUGGUCAAAAAUCUUACAUUGGUAAUAAUGAAAAUGUGGUUUUAAAAAUUGUUCCGGAUGGUAAACUUGGCAAAAAAUGUACAAUUUUCAUUCAUAUUGCGGCACAAGAAAAUAGUUUUAAAUUUAGUCGUUUUCUACCCGAUAGAAAUAAUAUAAGACCAGGGUGGUAUUUCGAAACUGAAUCAAAUGAAGAAUCACUAACUGCAACACCACAUUAUAAUUCAAGUGUUCUUCGGAGUUUAAUAAUGUUAAAGACAAAUGAGGAAAGUAAAAAGUUGAUUAAAGAAUAUCCAAAUAUUCGAGAUGGAAUAAUUCUUUUAAAAAUAUGGCUUUGCCAGCGUGAAUUAAUUAAAGGAUACAAUGCUUUUACUGGCUACAUUAUUACCAUGUACGUAAUAUAUUUAUUACGUACGAAAAAACUCAAUACUUUUAUGAGCAGCUAUCAAAUUAUAAGAAAUGUUUGGAAUAAUUUAGCUCAAAGUAAUUGGAGUGAAAAUGGAAUAUCGUUAUGCGAACAGAAAGAGGGUCUUGAACGAAUAACCGAGUUUCGAAAAUACUAUGAUAGUGUUUUCUUAGACUCGUCGGGAUAUCACAACAUUGCUGCAAGUAUCUCCAAAGAAAUGUUUUCCUGGAUUCAGAAUUUAGCAGCAACUUCUAUAUCAUCUUUAGACAAUGGACAAGUCGACAGCUUUCAAAUCCUUUUUAUGAGAAAAGUACCUCUAUAUCGGACUUUUGAUAAUGUCAUUUGUAUUCAUGGCACUGAAGCAUUAAAGGCUGUCUACAAAUUGUCUACCAAGGAAGAUAAACUUAAUUUUGGACCAAAUGAAUAUCACAGUUGUGUUAAAUCAAUCGUUAGCACUCUAAAAGAAGGUUUAGGUGAAAGGUUGUUGAACAUAUUCGUGACGCCGGAACAAUUUAAAGAGUGGGAAAUAACUGACGAUUUUCCAGAACAUUUGGAAAAAAUCUUUAUUGGAUUAAAUUUUAAUCCAGAUCAUUUUUUUGAUGUAAUUACAAAAGGUCCAGAAGGCAACUCAUCAAAGGCUGCAGAUUUUCGAAAAUUUUGGGGAGCGAAAUCAGAGUUGCAUCGUUUCAAUGAUGGUUCAAUUCAUGAAGUUGUUGUCUGGGGCCAAGGAAAAACUAUAGAGGAGAAGAGAUGUUUAACUCAGAAAAUAAUUUUCUUUCUCUUUCAAAAAAAGUUAUCCCUUCCUAGAAGUGAAUUUUUCUAUCUUGGCAGUCAGUUGGAAAAUCUUUUAAAACUAAAAAAGAUAAAGACAGAUUUUGAUUAUGGUACAGGAGAAGAGGCUUCACUGAGAGUGAUUCAAGUUUUCAACUCUUUAGAGAAAGAAUUGACCUCCCUUACGGAUAUGCCUCUUUCAAUAACUGGUAUAAGUGGCUCAAGUGCAGUUCUACGAUACACAGAAGUAUUUCCUCCAAUGGCAAACAGCAUCGGCAAAGAAAUGAAUUCUUUAGGCAAAGAUGAAAAAUACAAAUUGCUCAAAGAAAAGAAUUUGAAAAAAGUUCCUCUUUAUAUUCAACCUAUCGAAGUCAGCAUUCAGUUAUUGACAAGUGGAAAAUGGCCCGACGAACUAGAAGCAAUUCGAUGUACGAAAGGUGCUUUUCAAAUUCAAAUUGCCGAAUGUCUUAGAAAACAAUAUAAUUUGAUUGCCCAGGGAAGUCUUAAUUACACAGACGUUUUUAAAGAUGGAUUUUUAUUCCGUCUAAGAAUAGCUAGCCAAAAAGAAAUAGCUCUCAUGAAACAACAAAUUGGAGAAGACGGAAUAAUUAAAUACAGAGAUACUGAAGAAUCAACUGACCUCGAAAGAAGAUUAUUCCAUCUGCCAACAUUGAAUGGUGCUUUACAUGGAUUACACUGUCAGCAACCUUCUUUUGGACCUGCUUGUUGUUUGGCCAAACGUUGGUUAUCCUCUCAAUUAAUAGACGAUUCACAUUUUCCUGAUAUUGUAGUAGAAUUACUUGUGGCUUCAAUUUAUUUGACACCAGACCCUUAUAAAUCAGCUCAAGUGCCUCAAGUUGCGUUCUUUAGAUUACUGGAAUUAUUUGCUCGAUCCCAUUGGACUACUGAUCCCAUUAUUGUUAAUUUUAAUAAUGAAAUGACUCGCGAACAAAUUAUAACAAUUGAAAAUGACUUUCGAAUUUCUCGAGAAACUUUACCACUCUUAUUUAUUUCGACGCCAUAUGAUCAUCAAAGUUCUCUUUGGACAAAAACAGCACCAAAUAUUUUAAUACUGAAUCGAGUUAAUUUAAUGGCAGUGGAAGCUUUAAAAUUGUUGGAAAGUCAAAUUCUCAAUUCAACGUUAAAUUAUAGAGGAAUUUUUAAAACUCCAUUGAGUGAGUAUGAUUGUCUAAUACAUCUCAAGUCAGUCUACAAUCCUCGAAGAUUUGAAGCAAUUGAAAUUGACGAAAAAGAAGUUACUCUCGAAUGUCGGUCUUAUAAGAAGCAUCAAAAACAAAACAUACCGGUUGUUGAUUUUAAUCCAAUUGAAUUGUACUUGAAGGAACUUAGGUCAAAUUAUAGUGAAUUCGCUUUAUUCUUCCAUGACACUUACGGCGGAAAGGUAAUCGCAGUUCUCUUGAAACCAACAAUUUUAGAACCUCGUGAAGAAAGUAAAGUUGCGAAUUUUCAUUUCCGAAAAUUGAAUUCUAAAGGACAAUUCGUUUUUGAUUUUUCAACGAUGAUAGAAAACUUGUAUAUUCUUGGAAAAGAUAUAAUAGCAGGAAUUGAUGUACAAUCUAAAAGAGUGGCUAUUAAUUGAAUAAAAUUAAAAAUGGAAUAUUUGUACAAAGCUAUUUUUAAUAUGUAAAAAAUUGUUUUUUUAAUAAAAAAAAUAUUAAAAACAAAA